GAGAACAUCAUCACUAUACGGCAUCCACGUCUAAUGGCCCACGCGCUGUCUGGGGAAGCGAACAGUAUCUCCGCCUCGGACAACGCCUCUCACUCACCGGAUCAUCUUAUCGGAACGAGUCGCCUUUGAUGGUGGUGUGGUGAUGCCGCGAGUUGGGACGGUCGGGUACAUACAUUCUCAUCUGAGAGCGAACGCGGCAGGACGCUGGACGAGAACAGCGAGCACCCUGUGAUUUGGGGAGGAGGAAUAUCACGCAUGGGACAAUCGAGACAAUGUCGUCCGCAGCGGAAGCAAAUAUCUCUGCAGCAGCAUUGGCAAUCGCGCUCGUUGCUCUCUUUACAGCUCUUGGCCAGUUAAUACAGCAGUAUUUCGCCACUGCAGACGGGUAUCGACGAUGUCAGAAAUCGGUCAUGGGCGGCUAUUCCCGCCACACUAGACUUCGGUGGAGAUGGCGCGAAUUCCGUUUCGAAACGCUAUAUACAGUCCCCAAGAUCUUUAUGGUGGGGGAUGGCGCCCCAAGUCGAAUUGAGCAGGUCUUGUUGACAGGCAGUGCCUUAACCAGGGAGAAAUCUCUGGUUCCUUGGGAACGGCGCAAUGGUGAAUCAUUGGGACCUUUCCACGAAACGCCGCAACAACUGGAGGCUCGGCGAACACAAAAUGUAGGGGUGUUUUGUUACUGUUGACGUAAACCCACUGUUUCAACCCGAGUUUUCGUCUUUUUCUUUUUUCUUUUUCUUUUUGUUUGCCACUUGUAUACAAGUAUAUUUUCAGUCCGCAGUUCACAUGCUUACUCCUUGUGCUAGUGGUUAGCUAAAGGUGUCAAACCAAAGCCCUCUGCUAGCCAUAGCGAGAAAGUCUGUUGGCUAUCAUUUCUGAGCAUGAUUCACGAAGCGACCUUCGCCGCGGUGAAAGAGCUACAGAUCCAUAAGGAUACUGUUUAUGCACCACCAUAA